AUGAAUGAAUUUCAGAAUCAAAACGUAUUAUAUGUGGAUACCCUAUGCCAAGAAUUAUAUUCCCCGAAGUCUCAAGAACAGCGUACCAACGCCGAAAGGCUUCUAGACGUUGCCUUUCCAACUUUCUCCGAGACCUCGACUGUACGUGCCAACGGGGCAAAUCCCCUAGGUGUAAAAAUUCAGUCUCCUCUUGAGACUUCAAUGUUUUGUAGGUGGCUCCUAGAAAAAUCAUCUUCUCCUUAUGCCCAAAUGUUUGCUGCUGCAAGGUUAAAGGGUCUCGUCUUGGAUCAUUAUACUAUGUUUUCCAUGCCACAAAAAAUAGAACUGAGUACGGCUCAACUUUUUGCUACUAUUACAAAAGUUGGAUGGUUUGAAGGCGAAGAAUUUAAAAAUAUUACUAACGAUUUGACAAAUUUUAUUCAGUCCACAUCAGAUCACAUCAUUGUAGGCUUGCAAAUUCUUUCUAUAACCGUUGUGGAAAUGAAUCAACAAUCUUCAAGAAAUUUAACUAAACAAAGAAAAACUGCAAUUGGGUUCAGGGAUACCGCGUUAUUAGAUAUUUUUCAGUUAGGAUUGGUCGUUUUGCGAAGAUUGUUGAACAGUGGAAUCUUAUUCACGAAUGACCUUCAGGAACACAAAUCGAAAGAAUAUUGUCUAACAUUGCUCCGCAACUGUUUGGCCUUUGACUUUAUCGGCACUUCUCCCGACGAAUCUGGUGAAGAUGUUGGAAGCAUCCAAGUUACAUCAUCGUGGCGUUCAACAGUCGAAGAUCCAUCAUUUCUUCAAAUCAUGUUUGAGGCAUAUAAACAAUUUCAGCCACCUCAUUCAAGCCAAGUUAUGGAGGUUAUUGUUCUAGUUUCUUCCAUUCGCAGAUCUCUUUUUAAUGAAGAAGAGAGAUCCAAAUUUUUAUAUGGUUUGAUGAAAGGAAUCAGCGAAAUCCUGAUUGGAAAUAUAGGGCUUUCUGAUUUGAACAAUUAUCAUGAGUUUUGCCGCCUUCUUUCUAGGUUUAGAUCAACAUAUCAAUUGAGCGAAAUUGCUGAAAAAUCUGGAUACAAUGAAUGGAUUGAUUUGGUUGCUGAUUUUUCUAUUAAAGGCUUCAAUAAUUGGCAGUUAGUCCCAAAUAGUAUGCAAUAUUUACUUACUUUUUGGUCAAAAAUGCUUUCGUCAACUGGAAGUUCGCGCCCAGGUUCUAUAUCAAAACUCGAGUUGAUCGCGUCUAGGUUAACGCAUGCUUUUGUCACAUCAAAAAUUGAAUCAGUAAAAACAACCAUAGAGAGUGCAGUUGACGAUCCUUUGGAAAAUGAAGACGCACUUAUUAAUGAUCUUGAAAUGUUCGCAAAUAUUGCACGAUGUAAAUAUGAUGAAGCAAAUAUAGCUAUCGUGAAUUCAUUUAAUCCUAUAGCUCAACAAUUUCAAGCAUUGUUGCAACAAGUUAACACUGGCGUUGUCCAUGACUAUUUGACAAUUUUAGAUGUUAUUGAAACAAAGUUUGCCUGGUUAGUGUACAUGAUUGGAGGUCUUAUUGGGGGAAGACAGACUUAUGUUAGCACGGAAGAUCAAGAUUUGAUUGAUGGGGAACUAACAUGUAAAGUUGUGAACCUUUUAACUGCAAUUAAGUCAUGGAAUGGGCCGCGUGGCAACGAUACUGGAUAUGAAAAAUUAGAAUUAGCUUUUAUAUAUUUCUUCCAGCAAUUUCGAAAAAGUUAUAUUGGCGAAAGUCCUCAGAAAAUAUCCAAGAUAAUUCAACGGACUGUGGCUCUCUUCAAUGAUUUGGCUGGGGGUUCUGUCAGAUUACUCCGCAAUAUUCCAACUACACAAUUCAUUAUCCAGAAACAUACGGUUAAAGAUUUUCCAUUUCUUGACUCUCCUAAUAACUUAAGAGCGCGUGUAAUAUAUUACUCGGCACUUUCAAGAAUAUUAUUUGCCGAUGAUAAUGUUGAGCGAGAUUUUGAGGAAUUUGUCAGACCUUGGGACCUUACAAUGGCUCAACUCGGCUCUUUAAAUUCUUUUCAGGCUUUUAGACAACCGGCUGUUGAAGCAACGCUCUCAGGAAUAUUUCGUGAUUUGAGAGGAUUCCUUUCAGCUAUUCAGGCCAAAAAGAAUUUCUUAAAUUUUUUUGAAUGGUUUUAUCCUAAUUAUAUGCAAAUCCUUUGUCGUGCGUUGGAGGCUUGGUCCGACGACAAAUUGGUCAUUACAAUCCUAAAGUUCUUUCUCGAAUUUGUAAACAAUCGAACAUCAAGAUUGAAUUUUGACAUCUCAUCACCGAAUGGUAUAUUAUUAUUUAGAGAAACGAGCAAGGUGAUAUCCACAUAUGGACACCAAAUUAAAAAUAUUCCUUUAAUGAGUCUUGACAAACGUGUCGAAAAAUACAAGGGCAUUUCUAUUUGUUUUAAUAUUUUGACGAAAUCUUUUGCUGGUCGUUAUGUCAAUUUUGGAGUUUUUGCAUUAUAUGGUGAUACCGCUUUAGAAGUUGCCUUAAAAACAUCCUUUGAAAUGAUGCUCAGCGUACCACUUGAAGACAUACUUGCAUAUCCAAAGUUUUCAAAGGCAUUGUUUGAUUGGUUGGAUACUUUUACCAUUGAAUAUAUGAUGACAUUACCAAGCAUGGAUUCAGACGUCUUUCUGUAUAUUAUGCGUGCUCUCGCGGAGGCUCCAUGUUCUUCUGCAUGCAAUGCUAUUGACCAUAUAUGUACAUUUGUGGUUCAACAGUCUGCAAUGCAAAAGCCUAAGCAACAUUGGCUUCUCGUAUAUUUAAACGAGUUUCCUACCGUAUUGCCUACUUUGUUCAUAGCAAAUUUCAAUGUGGUUCUAUUUGAAGACAGACAAAAUCAAUGGUCAUUGUCACGCCCACUGCUAUGUUUAAUAUUAUUAAACCAAGAUGCUAUCAAAACUCUUAUGGAAGACGUAGACUUUAAUUUAACGACUAAAAAUCGGGACAGGCUUACACAGAAUCUUAAUACAUUCAAGAGAGAGUUGACUAAUGGCAAUGUUAUAUUGGUUCCUCCACCGAUGGAUGCUAAGAUGAUUAUGUGA